AUGUUUUCUUCUUCAACCAAAAUUUGUUUAUUUUUUCUUUCAAUAUUUAUAUUAUUACAAUUAAACAAUGGUUACCAAUUAAACAAGGGUGAUUGUAUUGGAUAUGGACGUACAUGUACUGGAAAAGGGAAGGGUAAUUGUUGUGCUGGUCUUUGUUCUGAUAAAGGUGCUAAUAAAGGAACAUGUUGUAUUGUUGCUGGGAGUGGUUGUAACGACAAAAAUGAUAAAAGAUGCUGUCCUGGAUCAAGUUGUACGCCACCAGGUGAAAUUGGGCAUAGUUACACUUGUUUGUAA